CCUUACAAAACAUAAAUGACAAAUAAAGUGACAACAUGGGCACACUGCAAAUGCAUUUCAGCACACAAACAACGACAGUAGAAGUUUAAUUUAUAAAAAUUCUCAACACACCGUUUCCCUUUUAAUAGCGCGUGCGUCCGCCCAGAAGAAGAAUUUUAAGAAGAUAUUUUACGGUUAAACCGGUUUUUUUUAUUAAAGUAACUGUUACACCCGCAAUUAUACAACAUUUCGCAACGUUGAUUCUUCUUUCGAAACUUAAUCGUACACGCUAGAAUCAUGGCUAGUACUAGUACUGCAAAUUCUUCAGUUACUAACAUGAUAACCAAAUGUGAGCCCUAUGAACUUCAAACUUGUUUUCAGUGCCAGACUAAACGCAAAGUUCAAUACAGGAUUAAUAACAACAAUAACAUAUUCUAUAUUUGUUAUUCUAACUGUCUCGACAAUUUCAAAAGAGAAAAUCCUAAUUUUUACGAAAACUGGUUUCACACAAUCUCUGUACGAAACUUCACCAGAGUGGUCACAACUUCUUCAAGAGUUUGUUCAGUUUGUAAGAGCAAGCUUGACAACAACUACGGCGUAACAUGGCAGGCAAUGGACUUCUGCAAUGAAUUAUGUCUACUUGAGCGUCAAAUCGAACUCUGCUCUCUCUGUGUUCAUUGCGCAGUUGAAAUUCCUCCAGACUCGCUAGGAAAGUAUUGUAUUUCCUUCGGAACUGAUAUCAGGCAAUUCUGCUCUAGUAUGUGUCUUAAUUCCGAACAAAACCACCAUGAAAUGUGCUGCUUUUGUCUGCAAAACAAAAAAAUGCAAAUUCUAGACAAUAACAAAAAGUUCUGUAGCCCGAAAUGCAAACACAAUUUCGAUCUUCUGGACAGGAAUCCCACAGAAAUUCGAUGCUGCAAGAAGUGCAACACUUUGUGUUCCCCUUGCAUUAAAUACGCUUCUCUCUAUUUCGAUCCCGAGAGCUUCUUCUGCAGCAACCAGUGCUUCCAAAAAUUCGUUUCUGAAAACUGCAUCAGCGCAAAAGCUUGUAGCUACUGCAGUACUUAUAUUAACUUAAACCUAGAGAGUGGCUACCCACUUUUCGACACCUUCACUCUCUACUAUUUUUGUUCGAACACGUGUCGAAAAUUGUAUAUAAAUGCCACCAAAGUGCCUGUGGAUUGUGGCAAAUGCAGUAUGAAGAAAUCAAAUUUUGAUAUGAUUCGUAAGCACUGUGACAAGAGAGUUACUAGUUUUUGUAGCUUGAAGUGUUUGGGUUUGCACCAGUUCAUCGAGCAAUGGUUAAUUGCGAGAUGUGAUCAGUGUCUCGGAAGUAAGGCGCAGAUGUUUACGUUUCCGAUGUCCGACAGCAGCAUGUGCAAUUUUUGUUCUUUUAGAUGUUUAUAUAAGUUUAGGUUGAAUACGACGGGCAACCAGAACGUCAGUUUGUAUUUGAAAGACUAUAUGAAAAUCGUCCCCGCAGCAAGCACAACCCAAAACAAACUGUUCGUAAACGUCACCCCGCCGUGUACUGCAACGAGGGGUAAAAAUAUCCAAACCUAUUCCCGGAAAGAACCCCCACGAAAGCGAGGAAGACCAAAAAAGGUUCCUUGUCCACCUGCACCCCAACAAACUGGAAACAUCAACGUAACAAAAUCCAACGUCAAUAACCCAGAAAUCGAAUGCAUUUUCAUCCAGAAUGACAUAAACGACUUCCAGUCCGUGUCUUUCGAUUUUCAAUUAGACGAAAGCGCCUUCAUAGAACUACCUCCUGAAAACAAUGCUAGUAGUUUAUUCGAGUGCACUUUUGGGAUUAAUACGUUCGCUUAUUGGUUGACUUGUCAGCACAGCGCGCAAACUAACGCCUUGCAGAUGACUCUCGAGGAGUUGAACAGCUCUUUGGCCGGGUUUGUGCAAAGUAUUAAAAAACCCGACGGAGAGAAAUUUGCCCCGGACACGAUUUACUAUCUGUGUUUGGGGAUUCAAAAGUACCUGAUUGAAAAUGGCAGAAACACGAACAUAUUUUGUGAUCGAGGGUUCGAAGAUUUUCGAAAGAGCUUAGAUAAAGUUGCUUUAACGUUUCAAAUACCACAUACAUUCCUCGCGACGACUAUAGAAGAGAAUCAUUUAUGGGACACCAAGCAACUUGGUGACUGUUCACCGCAAGUAUUGAUCAAUACUCUAAUUUAUAUUUUCACCAAGACUUGUUACCUAACGAGCGUACAGAAUCAUUUGGGUUUGUCUCUCAAACAAGUGAACCAGGAACUGACGUCAGGUUAUAAAUGCGGACGCCCUCCGAACAGCAUUAUAGUCGCUUGUUGUUUCAGAUAUGGUCCCAGUUGCCUUUACAAGAACACAUAUAUCUUGCAAAGCAAUCAGGACAAUCCUUCUCGGUGUCCUAUUAGAUUGUGCCAGUUGUAUGUGGAUAAAUGUCCGUCUGUUGUUAAAUUAUACGAGCAAGUUUUUUACUUGCAACCAAUGGAAAACUGCCGUCCCGAGAAUGGCUUGUGGUUUAAAGUUGCCACCUUGCCACAAGAGACAAUUCAAAGAACUCUUAACCUUAUUAGAAUGGUUAAGGAAAUUAAUGACGUCUUCGUAAACGUGUAGAUUUUUACUUACUGUGUAUUUUUAUAUUGCUUGUUUUUAAAUUAUUUUGU